GUUUAUCUGCUGAUCACUAAUUGUGUUACAAAACCCGUUAUAAUUGGAGUUUGCCUGUGAUUUACAAUAAACAGCAAUUGUAAAUAAAAUGAAUCCAUCAGGCGAUGUGAUGACCAUAGAAAUGCCUGCGUUAGGACGUCCCUUUUCCCUUGGUAUGCUCUAUGACUGUCGGGAUGAAAAACUUAUUUCAGAUAUCACUUUAUGGAACAUGGAAGAACUUAAAAAAGACAUUGCUAGAUCAUCUCAAGAUAACACGUCCUUUGAGAUUCUAGCAUCAGAUACGGUCUCUGAAAAGUCUUCUACAAUGAAUAUCACAGCUUCCCUAAAAGCCAGUUUUUUGGGAGGUCUGGUACAGGUUGGAGGAGCUGCUACAUACAUGAAUGACAACAAGACGUCUAAAAACCAAGCCAGAGUCACUCUUAAAUAUUCAAGAACCACAAAGUUUGAACAACUGAGUAUGAGUCACUUAGGAUCCCAGAACAUAAUCUAUCAUGAAGUGUUUGAUAAAGGAACAGCCACCCAUGUGGUCACUGGUAUUUUAUAUGGGGCUGAUGCCUUCUUUAUAUUUGAUCAAGAGGUGUCAACAUCAGAAGACACUGAGGACAUCCAAGACAAUCUUAAUAUUAUUAUAAAGAAAAUACCAACCAUUGAAAUUAAAAGAAAUGGUUCCCUGUCAAUGAAUGAUAAAGAAAAGGAAAUGAGUAAAAAAUGUAGCUGCACAUUUCAUGGGGAUGUCGCUCUUGAUUUGAAUCCAGUGAAUUAUGAAGAAGCUGUUAAAAUCUAUGUCAGUCUUUCAAAUGCUUUAGGGCCAAAUGGGGAGAAGGCAGUGCCAGUGAAGGUCUUGUUGUAUCCUUUAAAGAAGCUGGACAACAGAGCAGCUCAGUUGGUUCGAGAGAUUAAUGUGGACCUUGUUUAUAGGGCAGAAAAUAUCAUUAAGCAGCUGGAAGACAUAAACAUGCAGUGUAAUGAUCUGAUAAAACACCCAGCUGCUGUUACUUUCCCUGGACUAAGGAAGAAAAUUAUUAUGUUUAGAAAGCAGAGCUCUCAACUUAAACUCAAUUUCCAAAAGCAACUUGUAAAGACAUUGCCCUCUAUUCGUGGUGGAGAAUCCAAUGAAUCCGAGCUUGUGGAUAUUUUAACUAAUAUAGAACAGUCACCAUUUGGAUCCUUUCAUGUUGACUUGUUUCUGAGCACGAAACACAGAGAAAUGGAUUUUGUUAAAUCAUAUUUAAAUGCCCUGUCAAAUGUUAAAAUAUUACCUACAGACAAGGAGCUAAAAGAUACAUUAAGGCUCCCCACUUAUGACAAUGUUGUAUGUUUUAAUUUUUCCUCAAUCAAUGAAAAUGACCAAUACUUACAAGAUGCUAGUAAAUGGUUAGAUAAUCAGUAUCAAGGAGAUUACUAUAAGCCUGAGAAACCAGCCAUACCAUGGUUCGAAAAUGAGAAUGUUAUAAAUAUGUCCAGGCAAUAUUUAAAGGUAUUUCAAACAUUUGCUCAAAGCAAUAAAUCCGAUAGCAAUACCUGCUACUUUAUUUCCUGUGCUUCAGAUCCUACAUAUCCAGAAGUUUCCAUUCAUCUCUAUGAAUGUGGGAAACUGGUAAACACCAGUUUUGAGCCUCGAUCGGUGCCAAAGCUUCCAGUAGAAGCCAAUAAAAUGUGUAAUGAUAUGGAACUGCUCCUCAAACAAGGGGACCUAGAAAAUAAAUUUGAAGGUUACAAUGUGGAAUAUAAUCUUGCUGAAUCAAAAAACUGGUUAUCUCUAAAUAUUGAGAAGAAACAGGAGAAGAUUAAGUUAACUGAACUGAAAGCCAGCACAUAUUAUACAUUCAGGUACUCUACAGUGUGUAAGAACAUUCCCACAAGUCCAUCUGAAACACUUCAAAUUUCAUCUGAACCCAAAUCCUUAAAGGUGUUUUGGAAGGCUCCUGUCCUCAUGGGUGAUGCUGUUACUAUAAAGGAGUAUAGAGUUGAGUAUAAAGAGGAAAGUGGCAUUAAGUGGCAUGAAAUUCAAAUACAAAAUAAUCUUACAAAUUGUGUUAUUCAUAACCUUAAGCCAAACAUUGCCUACCUAGUUCGUGUUCAGGCCAUUUGUGGACAUGAUGGAGAAAGUCUGCCAUGUGAAGAAAUUGUUGUUUUAACCUUAAGAGAAGAAUCAUGUGGUUUUUCUAGUUGUCUAUUCACGGAGAGUAGUUUGUUGGUCAAUGGGACACCAUCAAUUUUUAAGCUAAAAUCUGUACUUUCUCAAGGCCAUAACCAAACGUAUGACGUGGGGAAAGAGAAUCUGCAUACAAGUAACAAAGUCAUCUUGUUAGUAGGUGCUACAGGGACAGGAAAAACCACACUCAUAAAUAGCAUGGCUAACUACAUUUUGGGAGUGAACUGGGAAGAUAACUUUCGAUUUAAACUUGUAAAUGACGUUACCCAUCUGUCUCAAGCAAACAGUCCGACUGCAGCAGUUACUGCUUACAAGAUGAAUUAUAGCAGUGGGUUUACAAUACCAUUCUCCCUCACUCUAAUAGACACACCAGGAUUUGAGGACACUGGAGCCACUGAACAAGAUAAAAAGAUAACUGAAUCUAUCUAUAACUUUUUCUCCUCUGAUAAUGGAAUUGAUCAUGUAGAUGCUGUGUGCUUUGUACUACAGUCCUCACUGCCUCGGCUGACACCUACACAGAGAUACAUAUUUAACUCUAUAUUUUCUGUUUUUGGAAAAGAUAUCAAAGACAACAUAUUGACUCUUACCAGCUUCUCAGAUGGACAGAGACCUCCUGUUCUAGAAGCUCUUAAAGCUGCUGAAAUCCCCUGUGCUUUGGAUGACAAUGGUGACCCUCUUCACUUCAAGUUCAAUAAUUCUGCUCUGUUUGCAAACAAUGAACCAAAUGAAAUGAGCCUUAAUAAAAUAUUCUGGACCAUGACACAACAUAGUAUGGAGGAGUUUUUCAGAGCAUUACACAAAAUGAAGACUAAAAAAUAUGAAAAAGCUUACUUAAGCAAGGAAAAUAAACCAAUACCUGAAAGACCGUCAAGACAAAGGCGAUCAACUACUAUUAAUAUCGGAACAGUGACAGCAGUAGAUCAUCCUAUGGAAAGUAAUCUUUCUGACGCUUCAGAAGGAGGAACAAAAAAGUCAGAACGUCUGGUAGCUGAAACAUCAGCAGUGACGACUCAGUUGCCUCUGAUACCAACAAGACGAAAGAGGGUACAUACCGCUGAUACGGUGGGAGUGACAGAAGAAAAUCAAAGCCAUCCUUCUCAGCCUUUGCAAGAUUCCCAUGAAGAUGUUGUUGAAUCUACCUGUUGUAUGGAGAGAAAUCUUACUGACUCCUCAGAAGGAGGAACAAUAAAGUCAGAACUACUGGUAUCCGAAACUGCAAUGUACACCCAGAUCCCAUAUCCCAGAACAGACGAAUCAACCAUAGAAAUGCCUUGCUUAGGGCGCCCGUUUUCCCUUGGGAUGUUGUAUGACUGCCGGGAGGAGAAACUUAUCCCAGGUAUCACUUUAUGGAACCAUGAAGCUUUGAGAGAGGAUGUGGUAUCAGCAUCCCAAGAGGAAACAUCAUGUGAAUUUAUAACAUCUGAUACUGUUUCAGACAAAUCAUCUGCUAUGAAUAUUAAUGCAUCAUUGGAGGCCAGUUUCCUUUCUGGCCUGGUAAGCGUUUCUGGAUCAGCUACUUACAUGAACGAUACUAAGAGAUCUAGAAACCAAGCCAGAGUGGCUCUGAAAUACUCAAGAACCACAAAGUUUGAGCAGCUGAGUAUGAACCAUUUAGGUACCAAGAACAUGGCUUACCCUGAUGUGUCUGACAAAGGGACAGCCACUCAUGUAGUCACUGGUAUAUUAUAUGGUGCACAGGCUUUCUUUAUAUUUGAUCGAGAUGUGUCCAUAUCAGAAAACACUCAGGAUAUACAAGGAAAUCUCCUAGCCAUGAUAAAAACAAUACCCCAAAUUUCAGUUGGAGGGCAGGGGUCUCUAUCAAUGAAUGAUAAAGGAAGAGAACAGGUUAAUAAGAUUACUUGUACGCUUCAUGGUGACUUUGCGCUAGACAGGAACCCAGUAACAUUUGAAGAUGCCAUUAGAACCUAUAGAAGCCUCCCAAAGUUACUGGGAGACAAUGGGGAAAAGGCUGUACCUGUGAGAGUCUGGUUGUAUCCCCUGAAUAAACUGGAUACUAAAGCUGUCCAGUUAGUUAGAGAUAUCAGUAAGAAUCUUGUCUUAAAAACAGAAAGUGUUGUCCAAGAAAUGGCAGAUGUGGACAUGCAAUGUUAUGAUCUGAUGAGACAUCCGGCUGCAGAAACCUUCCCAGAUAUCAAGAAGAAAAUCACUCAGUUUAUCGAGCUUUGUAAGCAGUUUACUCUCAUCUUUAAAAAUCAACUUGCACAAACCUUACCCUCAGUCCGUAGUGGUGCAUUAGAGGAGGUGGCACUAGUGGACAUAUUAACUAGUGUAGAACAAUCUCCAUUUGGAAAGGUCCAUAUUAAAGAUUUUUUAACCCUAAAAAAACAGGAGUUGGAAGUUGUGGAAUAUUAUAUGAGUAUAUUACCAAAUAUGCCAAUUUUAGCAAAUAAUGAUGCACUAAGUAAAUUUGUAGCUUCUUCAGUAAAUCAGUAUGUAGUGUGUUACAAUUUUUCAUUACUAUAUAAGGAGGAGCCAUAUCUAUGUGACCUUAGUCAUUGUUUCCAAACUCAUCAACAGAAGUCUGAAAAUAAUGUCUAUGAGAAAAAGAAAAUCAUGCCAUGGUUCAAGGUCACUGAUACCUCUGAAAAGAUAACACAAUAUAUGGAAGCAUUUAAACAUUUUUCAAACGUCAAUGCUUCUACUGAUAAGAUUAAAUAUAUUAUCGCAUCAGUUCCAGACCAACAUUACCUUGGAGUUUCCAUAUACCUGUAUGAUAACCAUGAGUUAGUGAGUACCCAGUUUGAGCCUCCAGUUAAACCUCAUCUGCCUGUUAUCAAAAGUAAAACCCAUAAUAGUGUGGAACUUGUCCUCAAACCUGCUGAUUUUGGAAAGAAUUUUAUAAAAAGUUAUAGCAUAGAAUACAGAUGUCCUAAAGAUGAGAGCUGGACCAUUGUAAGAACAGAGGACGCUAAUGAGACAGUCACAAUCAGAGGACUGAAACCUAACUCAAUAUACCAAAUUAGAUACUCUUCUGUUUGUAUUUUAGGAAUUAGUGAGACUAGUGAGGUUCUAAAUGAAGUGAGGACAUGUGCAACAAGCCCACCUGAAGCAAUAAAAGUUACUGCUGGGUCAUCCACACUUAUAUUACAUUGGAAGGAACCUGCAGCAAUUGGAGAUGGAGUCACAGUAGCGGAUUAUGUAGUUGAAUAUAAAGAAGAUGUUGAUAAUGGACAACAGGGUUGGCUUAAAAAACAAUUAGGAAAAAAAGAAGAAAAAUAUAUUAUUGAGGGACUUAUACCAAUGGCACAUUACCUAAUCCGUGUGUCAGCUAAAUGUGGGGACGAUGGGCUCGGCCAUCCAAGUGAUGAAAUACAUUUUUCAACACUAAAAGAGCACAUUAAACAUGUACUAGUUAAGAAAAGUAGUUUGUUAAAAAAUGAAAAACCUUCAGUAUAUCAGCUAGCAAUCAAUCCCUGUGAAAAACCUUAUCAACAAUACAGCUUAGGGGAGAUGAACACGUCUAAGACAAAUAAAGUGAUAUUGUUAAUAGGAGCCACGGGUACAGGAAAGACAACACUGAUCAAUGGAAUGGCCAACUACAUCCUGGGAGUAGACUGGGAAGACAACUUUAGAUUUAAACUUGUACAUGAGGUAACAAAUAAGUCUGAAGCUCAUAGCCAAACUUCUCUUGUCACAGCGUAUCAGAUGAAUCAUGAAGAUGGAUACACAAUUCCUUACACACUCACCUUGAUAGACACCCCAGGAUUUGGAGACACUCGUGGUAUAGAACAUGACAAAAAGAUUACGGAAGCCAUCCGUGCGUUCUUUACAAAUGACGGCAACAUUGACCAUAUCGAUGCAGUGUGCUUUGUAGUUCAGUCUUCUUUGGCUCGUUUAACAUACACACAAAAAUAUAUUUUUAAUUCAGUGUUUUCCAUCUUUGGAAAGGAUAUCAAGGACAAUAUACUGAUUCUUAUAAACUUCUCAGAUGGACAGAGACCCCCAGUACUGGAGGCUAUAAAAACUGCUGACAUCCCCUACUCUCAGGACAGCAAAGGGGACCCUGUUCACUUCAAGUUUAAUAAUUCAGCUUUGUUUGCUAAUAAUCAGACAAGUGAUAUAAGUUUUGAUAAGAUGUUCUGGGACAUGGGCAAACACAGUAUGGGACAAUUCUUUAAAUCAUUAGCUCAAAAGACAACUCAAAGCCUUACACUUACCAAGGAAGUUCUAAAAGAAAGGAAGGAACUUGAGGUCACCCUACAGGCUUUACACCCACAGAUCAAGUCUGGGCUGGCACAGCUAGAAGCAAUAAGACAAACAGAAGUAGCUUUGCAGCAGCACAAAAGUUUAAUGGAAGCCAAUAAAGAUUUUGAGUUUGAGAUAACAGUAACUGUACCAAGGCAGGUAGACAAAGGGAGUGGUUUCAUAACUAACUGCCAGCAGUGUAACUUCACAUGUCACAAUGAUUGUGCAUAUGGGGAUGACAAAAUGAAAGUAAAAUGUUGUGCUAUGACAAAUGGUUAUUGUACAAAAUGUCCUAAUAAAUGUGUCUGGUCUGUUCAUUUCAACCAAAAGUACAGGUGGAUAUAUGAGGAGCGAAAAGAGAAGAGAACUUAUGAAGAGAUAAAAAAGAAUUUUAAAAAAGCUUCUGGGGAGGUGAUGACUGCAGUAAAUAUAUUCACAAAACUAAAUGAUGAUUAUAAAAUUGUGAAACAAAAUGUGUUUAAUCUGAUAAACCAAGCAUCACAGAGUCUGAAGCGUCUUCAUGAAAUUGCCUUGAGACCUGACCCACUGACAACCACGGAAUACAUCGACCUGAUGAUAAAGUCUGAGAAGCAGGAAGCUAAAGCCGGAUAUCAGGAGAGGAUCCAGUCACUGACUGAUGUCAAAGAGACAGCCGAGCUUAUAAAGAAGAUUGAGAAGGGUGAAUCUUUGUUACCAGAGGAUGAGGAUAAACUUCCUAAAGGUGUAAUGCAAGGCCUAGUAAAGUCUGGUAUAGGUUUUCUAAAAACUGCUUAUAAUACAUUUACCACAUCUCUUAGCACUUCCAAAAAUGAAGGAAAACAGUUUACCAACUAAUACACUUGGUAAAACACAUACGUAGGUAUCUGAACAAACUGUUUUAGUGCAGACAAAUGUAACAUGCUUCAGCAGAUACCUGACAUUCAUACAUACCUUGUUUUUUUGUUAACGAUAGAACUAUUAUUUACUUAGUUAUCCAGAUUUGCAUCCCACUUUGCCUCAUAAAUAAUGCAAUAUUUUAUUUGCCUGAACUAGACUGAAAUCCCUAAAUAAGAGAGAGAUGUAUAAAUAUAUGUAUAAAGCAAUCCUAUCCAGCACUUUGACCACAAGAAUAUAUAAGGAUACAUUAAAGGAAAAUAAUACUCCAAACCAAUUAUAUAAUACCAAACAAACAUAUUGUUCAUUGCUAAACCAAGAUAAAUAAAGGUUAAUGAUUGUAUAAAGCUUAGAUAGAAUGCAAUUAUACAUAUAGCUAAAGAACUAUCACCUAGAUUACGAGUAGUGCGUUAUGAGGGAAAAAGCAACGUUAUGGCCCAUAACGCUGCUUUUUCACUAACACCGGUAUUACGAAUCUUGUAGGUGUAGGUGUACCGCACACCUUUUUGGCCGUCACGCAACAUCAGUACUGCACUUUUCAAUAAGGCCUUUUUCAAUGGGAUUUCCAUAGCGCUGGUAUUACAAGUUUGCCUGGGAGGCCAACAAGUGAUCGGUACACCCUAUACCGACAAGAUCCUGUACCGCCAUCUGAAGUCAGUAGCUAUGAAUUUUACGUUACACAGCUGUACCUUAAAAUUUAUAACUAAAGAUUUAAAAAGUACACUAACACCUAUAAACUACCUAUUAACCCCUAAUCUGCCGCUCCGCUCACCGCCACUAUUAAAAUUUAUUAACCCUUAUUCCACCUCUCCGCGAAAUCGUCGCCACUAUAAUAAACCUAUUAACCUGUAAACCGCCGCCCUCCCGCAUCGCAAACACUAUUUAAAUAUUAUUAACCCCUAAUCUGCCAUCCGCCCACACCGCCGCUAUAAUAAGCCUAUUAACCACUAAACCGCAAGUCCACCCACAACGAAAUAUACUAAAAUAAACUAUUAACCCCUAAACCUCUGGCCUCCCACAUCACUAACUCUACAUAAAUAUAUUAACCCCUACACCUAACCCUAACGUAACCCUAACCCUAAGCAUAACCCUAAUGUAACCCUAAGUCUAACCAUAACCCUAACACCCCCUAACUUAAAUAUAAUUAAAAUAAUGCUAAACAAACCUUACAAUUAUUACCUAAAUAAUUCCUAUUUAAAACUAAAUACAAACUUACCUGCAAAAUAAAACAUAAGCUAGCUACAAUAUUACUAAUAGUUAUAUUGUAGCUAUCUUAAGAUUUAUUUUUAUUUAACAGGUAAGUUUGUAUUUAUUUUAACUAGGUAGACUAGUUAGUAAAUAGUUAUUAACUAUUUACUAGCUACCUAGUUAAAAUAAAUACAAAGUUACCUAUAAAAUAAAACAUAACCUGCCUUACACUAAAACCUAACAUUACAAUAAAAUAAAAUAAAUUAAAUUAAUAAAAUACAAUGUACUAAAUUACAAAAAAUUAAACACUAAAUUACAAAAAAUAAAAAACAAAAUGAUCAAAAAUAAAAACGAAUUACUCCUAAUCUAAUAGCCAUAUCAAAAUAAAAAAGCCCCCCCCCCCCCAAUAAAAAACCCUAGCCUACACUAAACUGCCAAUAGCCCUUAAAAGGGCCUUUUGCUGGGCAUUGCCCCAAAGAUAACAGCUCUUUUACAUAGCAAUAAAAAAUACAAACACCCCCCCAACAGUAAAACCCACCAACUACACAACCAACCCCCCCAAAUAAAAAUCUAUCUAAAUAAACCUAAUCUAACCAUUGCCCUUAAAAGGGCAUUUGGAUGGGCAUUGUCCUUAAAAGGGCAUUCAGCUCUUUUACGAAUUGCCCAAACCCUAAGCUAAAAAUAAAACCCACCCAAAAAACACUUAAAAAAA